AUUAAGUAGCUAACGCCACCAAGAACAUACAUUGCAGACGUCUACCACAAUAUAGGGGAAAAGUUGUCAGUUUUCAGUUUUCAUUGCGACCGAGUUAGUCGUAAGAUAAUUUAAUGUACACUGGUACCGUGAUAUGACUGGUUUGAAUGAGAGAUGAAACGAGACAGCGUAGUUAAAAUCUGUUGGUAGCAGAUAGCUAACAUUUGUGUUUUCGGAGAGGAGCAGCAAACGUUACCUAGGUUAGAAAUAAACACACACCUUCGUGGUAAAGACUCGUCGAAAUGAUCCUCUCUCGUGUGAAGCCAGCCGUGGGAGGAGAGACACCAGGGAGCAUCAGUGAGAAAAAGAAGAAAAACAAAACUAAGGUUCCUCGCUUGGAGGAUUACCUGCAACAGAGAGACUACCUUGGGGCCUUGACAUUGUUAGAGUUCCAGAGAAGUAUUGGGGAAAAAGAGGAGCAUGCAGACCUCUGGAUUGGCUACUGUGCCUUUCACUUGGGUGAUUACAAGAGAGCUAUGGAGGAGUACAAGUCUCUGACCAUGAAACCUGAAUGCCCUGCAGAUGUGUGGGUCUAUCUGGCCUGUGCCCUGUUUUUUCUGGGCCUCUAUAAAGAUGCUGAGGAGGCUGCCUCCAAAGCACCAGUGUCCCCCCUCCAAAACAGACUGCUCUUCCACCUGGCUCACAAGUUCAAUGAUGAGAAGAAGCUAAUGGGUUUCCACCAGAACCUGGAGGAUGUGACAGAGGACCAGCUGAGCCUGGCAUCCAUCCACUACAUGCGCUCACACUAUCAGGAGGCAAUAGACAUCUAUAAACGCCUUUUGCUGCAGAACAGGGAGUUCCUGGCUUUGAAAGUGUAUGUGGCUUUGUGUUACUACAAGCUGGACUAUUAUGAUGUGUCGCAAGAGGUCUUGGCCGUGUACCUGCAGAGCAUCCCUGACUCCACUAUUGCUCUCAACCUCAAGGCCUGCAAUCACUUCAGGCUCUAUAAUGGCAAGGCAGCUGAGGCUGAGUUGAAGAACUUAAUCGACAUCUCCUCCUGCUCCUUUGAGUUUGCUAAGGAGCUUAUCCGACACAACCUGGUGGUGUUUCGUGGUGGAGAGGGAGCGUUGCAGGUACUGCCUCCUCUGAUCGAUGUGAUUCCUGAAGCCAGACUUAACCUGGUCAUCUACUAUCUCAGACAAGAUGACAUCCAGGAGGCUUACAACCUCAUUCAAGAUUUGGUUCCCACCACCCCUCAGGAGUACAUUUUGAAAGGUGUGGUAAACGCAGCACUGGGACAAGAAAUCGGAUCAAGGGAUCACUUGAAAAUUGCUCAACAGUUCUUUCAAUUGGUCGGCGGCUCGGCUAGUGAAUGCGAUACGAUUCCUGGAAGGCAAUGCAUGGCCUCCUGCUUCUUCCUCUUGAGACAGUUUGAAGAUGUUCUCAUUUAUCUCAACUCAGUCAAGGGUUACUUCUAUAAUGAUGAUACAUUCAACUUCAAUUAUGCUCAGGCUAAAGCAGCCCUUGGCAGCUACAAAGAAGCAGAAGAGAUUUUUCUGCUCAUUCAGAGUGAGAAGAUCAAGAAUGACUAUGUUUAUCUCAGCUGGCUGGCACGAUGCUACAUAAUGAACAAGAAGGGUCAGCUUGCCUGGGAGCUCUAUCUGAAGAUGGGCACUUCUUCAGAUUCCUUCAGUAUGCUGCAGCUCAUUGCCAACGACUGCUACAAGAUGGGCCAGUUCUACUAUGCAGCCAAAGCGUUCGAUGCACUGGAGAAGCUGGACCCAGGCUCCAACUACUGGGAGGGCAAACGAGGGGCAUGUGUGGGCAUCUUCCAGCUCAUACUGGCAAAUAAAGAGUCCAAGGAGACACUUAAAGAGGUGCUCGCCCUUCUGCGAAAUUCAGGAAACCCACAGGUUGAAUACAUCAUCCGAGCUCUGAGGAAGUGGGCCAAAGACAACAGAGUGCUCCUCUCAUGAUGGCCUUCAGUACAAAGAGCAGCUACGUUACGCACACAUCAUCAGUUCAUUGAGUCGUGUCACUUUAAUGAAUUAAACAAAUUAUAUCUAUGCUACAUGAAUAAAUAUGAAAAUGUCUGCUUGUCUAUAGCGAUUUGUACUAAUAUGUGUAGAUUCUCAAUAUUUGUAUUAAAAUGUGACCCUAUUUUUCAAA